CCGUGCCCGGAGCCCCGCCCCCUGAGCUGAGGUGCGGUCGCUGCGCGCGUGGCGGCGGCGCCUUCCCCUGCCCGGGCGGGGCCGCCUCGGCGCGCGCGUGCGCCGGCCGCGGCGGGAGUGACGGGGCUUGUUGUGGAGCGGCGCGGGGAGCACGUGAAGAGCGCGACGUCAUCAUAAACACUCGUAGGCAACAUGGCGGCGCCUCCGAGCGGGAAGGUUGUGUAUGAGCAAGAAGGAGUUUUCAUUCAUUCAUCCUGCGGAAAAAAUGAUGACCAAGACAACUUAAUAUCAGGAAUACUACGAGUCAUAGAAAAGGAAAAUGAAGUAAUAGUAGACUGGAGACCACUGGAUGAUACUUUGGAUACUUCUAAUAUCCUGUGUGCUGGAAAGGAUUCCAGUUCUGUUGUUGAGUGGACUCAAACUCCUAAAGAAAAAUGUUCCCGAGGAGCAGACCGUCCAAGUAGUUAUGAAGCAGAAUGGGACAUGGUCACCACGGUCUCUUUUAAAAAGAAACCUCAUUCAAAUGGAGAUGCUGCAGCUCAUGCAAAUGGAGAAAGCAAGUGGUCAUUCCUGUUCAGUUUGACGGAUCUGAAAUCAAUCAAACAAAACAAGGAAGGCAUGGGAUGGUCUUAUUUGGUGUUCUGUCUGAAGGAUGAUGUGAAACUACCAGCUCUUCACUUUCAUCAUGGGGAUAGCAAGCUAUUGAUUGAAUGCCUUCAAAAGCAUGUUGUGCUGAAUGAAUCUCCCCAGGAUAAACGGAUUCUUCUUGUGAAUUCUCAGAACAAGUCUCUUUCUCAGUCUUUUGAAAAUCUCUUUGAUGAACCAUCAUAUGGCUUACUACAAAAAUUGAAGAAAGAUCCAUACACAGUAACAAUGGGAAGAUUUUCCAAAGUCACAAACUAUAUUUUUGACAGUUUCCGUUCAAGUGACCCUUCAACUCAGAGGCGACCACCAUCAGAAAUGGCAGACUUUCUCAAUGACGCUAUUCCAGGGCUGAAAAUAAAUCAGCAGGAAGAACCAGGAUUUGAAGUCAUUACACGAAUCGAUCUAGGAAAACAGCCUGAAGUUAGUAGAAGAGAGCCUGUGUCGGCAGAAGAAUGGGCUAAGAAUAUGGAUGCUGAAGGAAGAAUUUUAAAUGUCGCCUACAUAAAGCAAUCUAUAUUUAAAGGGGGUCUCUGCCAUACUUUAAGAAAAGAGGCGUGGAAAUUUCUUUUGGGGUAUUUUCCUUGGAAUAGCACUAAAGAAGAGAGAGCAAACCUGCAAAAAAGGAAAACGGAUGAAUAUUUCAGGAUGAAACUGCAGUGGAAAUCUGUCAGUGAGGAACAGGAAAAACGAAAUUCAAGAUUGAGAGAUUACCGGAGUCUUAUAGAAAAAGAUGUAAACAGAACAGAUCGAACAAAUAAAUUCUAUGAAGGUGAAGAUAAUCCAGGAUUGAUUUUACUUCAUGAUAUUUUGAUGACCUAUUGCAUGUAUGACUUUGACUUAGGUUAUGUUCAGGGGAUGAGCGACUUGCUAUCACCUGUCUUGUAUGUUAUGGAGAAUGAAGUAGAUGCCUUUUGGUGCUUUGUAUCAUACAUGGAUCAAAUGCAUCAGAAUUUUGAAGAACAGAUGCAAGGGAUGAAGACACAACUAAUUCAGCUGAGUACUUUGCUUCGUUUACUAGACAGUGGAUUUUGCAGUUAUUUAGAAUCUCAAGACUCAGGCUACCUAUAUUUUUGCUUCCGAUGGCUUCUUAUCAGAUUUAAAAGGGAAUUUAGCUUUCAAGAUAUUCUUCGACUCUGGGAGGUCAUGUGGACGGAACUGCCUUGCCAGAAUUUUCAUCUUCUCCUUUGUUGUGCUAUCUUAGAAUCUGAAAAACAGCAAAUAAUGGAUAAGCACUACGGCUUUAAUGAAAUAUUAAAGCAUAUCAAUGAACUGUCUAUGAAAAUUGAUGUGGAAUAUAUACUCUGCAAGGCAGAAGCAAUUUCUAUGCAGAUGAUGAAUUGCAAGGAAUUGCCUCAAGCAGUUAGUGAGAUCCUGGGGAUGGAAAGCAGUUCUGUAACACCCGAUUCAGAUAAUGGAGAAGAUGAAAGUGGAGCCAUGUUGAAUUGUCCGACAUCAUUAUAUCAGAGUAUCUCAACACCUGUAAUUGCUGCCAACAGUACGAGAGACAGCACUCAACAGAUGUCUGAGACACAGAGCCUGACACCUGCGUAAUCACAGUUGGUCGCCUUGAAGAAAGACUUUUACUGAGCACGUUUUUUUUGAAGCACUUGAGAGAUGGAUAUUUAAAUUUGGUGUUGAUUAAGCUUUAAGGUUGGAAAGAAAAUCUGUACUGUAAUGCUCUCUCAUUAAAGCUUUACAACAUGACUCAACUUAACUAUUUUUGUAGUUUCUUCUACCAAAAUAGCCUUUUGUUUUCAAUAACAUUCCUUAAUAUUUUUGUAGCCAAGUGCAUUUUUCUUUUUGCUGGUGAACUGGAAAUGGAGGGUGAUUAAGCAUGAAUUUGGAAAUUCUGCAUUUGCUGAGCUUUCACACAUACUGAUCUCAGGCAGUGUGAGCUCUGUGAUUGGAGCAGAUUCACAAUAGGAGCUGAAACUGCUGUACAAAAUUUUCAAGCUGAAGAGAUGCUCGUGUUAAAGAAGGAUCGUUUUGUAAAUGAAUGGGGUUUCCCUAUCUCAAAUGUUUACAAAAAUACUUCUAAGUAUUUGUUGCUGGUUGAAUGUAGAUUUGAAAUGGACAUUUAUACUUACAGAGUUUAAUGUCCAAAAACUGAAUUUUGUGUAAUUGGGAGUGGAUGAACGGUAUAUUUUUACAUUAACAUAUCUUCACUUUAUAUAUGCAUAUAUAUAUUUACACACAUACACACACUAUAUACAUAAAUGUUUGUGAAUACUAAAAAGGAUAGUCAUAUUUUCAAUAUCUGAAUAAACUUGACUGUUCAUUCAUAUGAAUCAGUUUGACCAAAUUAAUGCAAAGCUCCAACUUGGGCUCUUUUUCAGAACUUUUCUAACUGAAGAUAACUUUCAUGUGAAUACAUUCAGUCCUACACUUGAGAUAAUUUUGCAAUUGAUUUCUUUCAAACUUUACUAAUGUUUAUCUUUGCUAAUAUAUUAACUGAUCAGUUAACUACUUACACUGUUUUUAUGGCAAGAUUAUUUGGAGAAUUAAUAAGCAGAUUACUGAAAAACAGACAAACCACAAACCAAACCUGUAAUUGCAAUUAACAUGAAUGCAUUUUUUUUGUACAUGCAAAAGGCAGUGUGAGUUUAUUCCAUGCCAUGCUGAUGUCCUUUGACGUUAUGUGAAAUUUAACAUAACUGAUGCAGUGUAUUUGAUAUUUGGUAACUAUUGUACAUAUAUAAAAUAAAAAUCAAAGCUGAUUUAGUGUUUUUAAUUAAAUCCUAUUUAGAGAAAAAAUCUAGUUGUCUGAUUGUUGAUAAAAGAACAUGAGAUAGAGGGGAUAGCUAACAAUGAUUAGUCCAUUGGUAUAUAUAUUUCGUGAGUAAUGAAGAGCAGUGGGAACAUCUGUUUAUUGCAGAGUGGAAUAUGCCUUUCAUCUUUAGGCAGCUGAUGCGUGGGAUAUGGUGGAGCUCUUCUUCUGGAGCAGUUUUACUUCUACAAAUGUUAUUUGUGCCAUCUAAAGCAAAUACAAGUAAUACAAAAAGGCUUUAAUAGAUAAAUCAAGUUGUUACAAUAAUUUGAGACCCGAUUAAACUUCUCUCACCAGUUGUGAACAAACACUGGAGAGCCAAAUCAGUAUAGAUGUUGUUUUUAAUAUCGUCAAUGUGCUAUCUCUCAUCAGUUAAUAAGAAAUGUGUGAUGUGGUG